UUGAUCGCUCUCUCCAUUUCCUUUCCUUUCGUUCAUCGUUUCUGAAAUAUGGACGGGGACAAAGGAGAAGCACACAUCCUAGACGAGGCUGAGAUUAUUAGCCUCGCGCCCUACACCGACACCGCGGAUGAGCCAGCAGCGCCUCGAGAUGAAUCGGAAGCCCCCAACUUGGACUUCAACAUCAAUUAUGAUAAUUUGGACGAUGAGGACGACGAUGACCCUGUCAUAAACCCAAACCCACGUUCCACAUGGACCGUUCUCCGUAUUGCUCUUGUGGCGUCGUGUGUUGUCGUUCUUUUCGCGGGCUUCUUCCUGCUCUUCCUCCGCAAAGUCCACGUGCGCCACAAUGAGCAUAUCUCAACCAACAGGCCGAAGCCGAAACCAAAAUCCAGUCCCAAGGCUGUCAAUUGGGUGCUCGACUUCCCAAGCCUUUAUCCGCCAAUCGUCUCCGAAAGCACGCAAUGUCAGUCAGCGUGGGCGGCACUCUCUUCGGUCCCCUGUCACGAAAAGAUCUUCAAUCGAGGAUGGGAUGCUGGGAAGCAUCUAUCUUUCUUCGAACCAGACCCAAUGCGAUAUGUGCCCCAACUAUGCGAGCCAAAGUGCAAAUCUGCAUUAGAAAGCGCUUUUGAAUCUGUCACGGCAGCAUGUUCUGAUGGAGCAUCCUUCGACAUCGAAGGGUAUGAGGGCAUGUUUAAUACCACUUUUCUGGAGGCGGGACCUGUCGAAGCCGUAGGAGUACUUCUUCAUCGCAACACGCAUACUUGCCGAAACAGCGAAGUCGGUGAUAGCGAAUACGGCUCCUGUAUGAUCGAGCUCAACGAGCGAUUCUACAUAUUAGAUGGCAUCAACUUUGGCUCUUUGGAGGGCAUUGACGCGUUUCUGAGGAAAACUAAACGGCCUAGUCGAGAACGUGGCGGCUGGAAGUCUGGGACGAUAGGUUCUAGCACUGAUGGCGGAUGGAAGAAGACGUACAGGUUCAAGGCUCCUGAGCGGACUUACGGUCCGGGCAUCGGCUCUACAAGCUGUGGCUGGUGUAUGUUGUCGUGGUUCGAGAAUCACCUGAACGGCUGGGACGAUGGCUCCGUUAUCAGCCCCGACAGCGGCCUGCCUGUGUCCUUGCCAGAGUACAUUCGUAGAAUCAAAGAGGCCGGACAGCGAUGCAAAGCGACCGAGUGGAACCGUAUCUAUGGCCAGGCCAUCAAAAACUAUCAAGACAAGAAUCUUUUGUCAGAAGACUGGGAAGGACUACCAUCUGGCGAUUUAGCAUUCCUCAUCCGCAAUGGACCCCAUCGCGGCGACGAACCUAUCAAGACCAUUCAAUCCACAGCAGCAGCCAUUCGGAACAACCACUCAGCAUUCCCAGAUAUUGAACCAUACAAUCUUCAGCGUACACUGAUAUGUCUCGAUAACCUCGCGGCCAAAAUCCAGUCUCUUCCCUGCUAUCUCCAUCUCAAUAUCACCACGUUAGACCCAAUGAUCAAGGAUCCCAAUGGUCUAUUGAGAUAUUACUGCAGCUCCGAAUGCGCUACUGCGGUCAACCAACAAGAACCUAGUCUAAGAGUCUGCAUGAGAUCCGAUAUCCGCUCGACCCCCAUCGUAAAGCCGUUCUGGGACGCCUGGGGAGACGCUCGCAAAACCCACGCGAACGUAUGCGUAAAAGAAGAACGAACCACGCAGCAGUGCGCCCCGGUGCUCUCAUCGCUCAACCUCACUUCCUGGGCUUACGACGGCCGCCCUUCCGGCAACGCAUUCCACCACGAGAUCUCCCAGCGAAUUGCCGCUCUAGAUGCAACACCUAUACCCCCUGUCGUCAGCGCAGCAGUCCACAAGGGCUUUGGCACCCCAGAGUACGACGCCCUCCGCAAGGAACUUCCUAAAUGGCAAGAAGAACUCAAAAAUAGCGUCUGUGCGCCGUGUAUCUGGCAAUGGGUUGUUGGUGAUGGCUCAGUAAUAACACCGCUUUCGUACCUGCACCAACUGGAAAAGGACUCUGCUUCCAGCGUUGAGGCAUCCUAUCUUGAAUUCGCUCAGUAUAUGUACGCUACCUGUGAUGCGCGCGGCGCGGACUGGCUCGGCGGGAUCCCGUACGGCGGCGACGACGUCGUGUGGCGCGUUAAGGAGCAAGAUGGGAAGGUCUCCCGGUACAUUACUGACCAAGUUCACGUAGGCUACAUGGGCAAAGAGUCAAACUGGCGCAGGGCGGACGAGCAGACCGGACAAGAGGGUAUCGCGCUCCACGGAUGGGGCUCGUUGUGGCAUCUGCGCACCGCUAUCCGCGAGUUCAAAGCGGAACAGGAGGGCGUGGUGCAGCAGUGGCGCAAGACUGAGGUGACUCAUAGAGCUGAGGAAGACGCAAAGGUUUGGGGAAAGACUGCUUUUGGGUAUUAUUGGCUCAAGCCCGAGGAUCGGGAGCGGGAGGCUUAUAGCAUCUUUACGUCUGAGGUUGAAGGUGAAGUCAAAGAGAAGAAUCCUGGAUUGAAGCUUGGUAAGACUUUUUGCACUCUGUCUUCCUGGAAUGAUGAAAUCGUUCAGAAGAUUGGCAAGAUGUGGAAAGCGCUCUCUGCGGAAGACUUGGAGCAUUAUAUGGGUCUUGCUGAAGAAGAUCGGAGAAGGUACGCAGUGGAGAAAGCGGCGUUUGAUGCCUAGCAGGGACAUAAAGAAGACCAAUGAAUAGGGACGGAAAGGCUCAUAUGUAGUUGUAGAUUGUCCAUGUAGUUGUAAGUAACCGUCUGAUAAUGUAGAUCAUACCAUCUUGUUGGGUUAUUAUCCGAUUCCAUUAGCUAC